CUCCCGAGCAUCAGGAAAAUGGCGACGACGGACUACGAGGAUGUGAACAUGGACCCUGAUGUGGAUUUGUUAAGUGAUGAGGAAUUAGAAAGGGAAGCAGAGGGCUUCAAAGAACAAGGCAAUGCCUUUUAUAUCAAGAAGGAUUACUCUGAAGCAUACAAUUACUAUACUAAGGCCAUAGACAUGUGUCCCAAGAAUGCAAGUUACUAUGGAAACCGGGCGGCCACACUGAUUAUGUUGUAUAGGUACAGAGAGGCGUUGGAGGAUGCCCAGCAGGCGGUGCGAUUAGAUGACACUUUUAUGAAGGGCCAUUUACGAGAGGGGAAGUGUCACCUGUCCCUUGGCAAUGCAAUGGCUGCCAGCCGCUGUUUCCUGAAGGUUCUGGAACUGGAGCCCGACAACAGUCAGGCCCAGCAGGAGCUGAAGACUGCAGAGUCUAUCCUGGAGUAUGAAAAGAUGGCUGAGAUAGGAUUUGAGAAGCGUGACUUUAGGAUGGUUGUGUUCUGCAUGGACCGUACCCUGGAGUCAGCCUCAGCCUGUCAUAGGUUCAAGGUGCUGAAGGCAGAGUGCUUAGCCCUGCUUGGACGCUACCCUGAGGCCCAGACUGUAGCCAGUGAUAUUCUACGAAUGGACUCCACUAAUGGGGAUGCCUUGUAUGUACGUGGUCUCUGUUUAUACUAUGAGGACUGCAUUGACAAGGCCGUCCAGUUUUUUGUCCAAGCCCUGCGCAUGGCUCCUGACCAUGAGAAGGCUCGAAUCGCCUGCAGAAAUGCCAAAGCACUCAAAGCCAAGAAGGAAGAGGGGAACAAGUCCUUCAAAGAGGGACACUUUGAGGCAGCCUAUGAGCUGUACUCCGAAGCACUGACCAUAGACCCCAACAACAUCAAGACUAAUGCCAAACUGUACUGUAAUAGAGGCACUGUUGGAUCCAAGCUGAAAAAACUAGAACAGGCCAUUGAGGACUGUACAAAGGCAAUUAAACUGGAUGAAACCUAUAUCAAGGCCUAUCUACGGAGAGCACAAUGUUAUAUGGACACCGAGCAGUAUGAAGAAGCUGUUCGGGACUAUGAAAAAGUUUAUCAAACGGAGAAGACAAAAGAACAUAAGCAGCUCCUCAAGAAUGCUCAAUUGGAAAUGAAAAAAAGCAAGCGAAAAGACUACUAUAAGGUGCUCGGGGUGGAUAAGAAUGCCACGGAAGAUGAAAUCAAGAAAGCUUACCGCAAGCGGGCCCUAAUGCAUCAUCCAGACCGUCACAGCGGAGCCAGUGCUGAGGUGCAGAAGGAAGAGGAGAAAAAGUUUAAGGAAGUGGGCGAGGCUUUCACUGUGCUGUCGGACCCAAAGAAGAAAUCUCGCUAUGACAGUGGUCAGGAUCUGGAGGAUGACGGCAUGAAUAUGGGAGACUUUGAUGCCAACAACAUUUUCAAGGCAUUCUUUGGAGGACCAGGAGGUUUUAGCUUCGAAGGUAAUUCAUCAUCUGGACCAGGAAAUUUCUUCUUCCAAUUUGGUUAAUCGGAGGAUACCUGAACCCAAACAGUUGCCACAUCAGGACUUCUACUACUAUUACUACUACUACUACUAUACCAACACAAAAUUUGAUUUCAUUUAACUGUGAAAUUUAGACUGAAAAAAAUUGAUGUGAUUUUCCUAUAAAAGUGCCUGGUAAAAUUAACAAACAAGUUUCCAUGUGAUUUCUAAUGACACAGGUCCAGUGACCUCAGUCGUGAAUGGACAGAAGCUGGCACAUUUCAAAUGCCGUUUGGCCGGAAAGCGUGCGGCCGCGGCAGAGGAGUGCUGACCACCACCACAUCUGCAGGCUGUCAAACAGGCUGUGGCACCAGCUUUAAAUAUGCUGAAAACCAUCCUACAAAAAACAGUUUGAAAUAUAAACACCACACAUUGUUUUCUAAACCAAACAGUGGCUGGAAUUAAUGAAAUGUACAAAACAUUCAGGAAAUACAACACAGUGUAGGUUGGAUAUUUUGUGUUGCAAAUCCCUGCAGAUUAACCUUGUGCACUGUCUCACCCCUGAGAGAUAUUCACAGUCCUCUUGUGUGCCACAUAAUCUGUGUUUACUGCAAUAGUUUAUGAAAUGGCAUUGUUUCUCAUCCACCUUCAGGUGAGAACUUGAAAUAACAGAGGACCCAUCACAUGUCCUUCAACCCUAUUUGCCACAGUUCCCUCUCAACAGUGUCAACCCCCAACCCAUCCUUAUUUGCUAUUGACUGAUUGAUUGCUACCCAAUGACAACAUGCAGCAAAUGGACAGUGCCCAGAUAAUAAGGAUACCAAGAAGACUGAGUUGAUACCGUUACUGUGUUUGGAUUUGGUUUACUUCUCUCUGAAUGAAACAAACUUGCAAGGCAGUAAUGGGGAGCAACACUAUUCUGGUUAAUAUAGAAUGGUUGCUGAAUCAUACAACAGAUUUCUGGGAUUUUUUACAUUAGAGCAUCUGCGCAGCUAUGGUAUCACAAACCUUUGGGGUGAUCCAUGCAGGAACACACACCCAGGGAAACAGACAAAAUUGGGAAAGCUAUUAUAUUAUAGCUCUUACACAGCGCCCCUCGACUCACUACCGAGGAGGUUACUUUUUGCAUGAAAGUAAAAUAACGUGCCCAAUGAUUAUUAAAGAAAGGAAGGCAACGUAGUGAAUUUUGUGUGGGCUGAGACACCCGAUUUUCAGUUCUCUCAGACAGGGACUGCUAGCUGCUAUAGAUGAAAUCUGACUGAAAGCUGACUCCUUGUCAUAAGCCAAUACAAAAAACAAAAAAAAAGUCAAUGUAAUGCAGUUUAUUACACAACAGCCAGAGCCUAGACUUAAACAUAAGAUACAGUCUAAGCACAGAGGGGAGAAGGCAAUGGAGGCAGCCAUGCUAGUGCUAGUUUGUCAUGCCGGCCAUUAUCCUCUCGUCACCUUUUCUCACUUCAUUUUAUGUUUGAUGUUGCCAUUCACCAAUUGCUGCAUUGUACAUUUUACUGGAAUGUAAAGUGUUGAUUUGUGAUUAUAGCUGACUAUUUCUUUUAAUUUUGAUAUGUUUAUUUAUUGUAAAUUUGCUGUCUGAUAGAUUUAUCAGUAUAAGAUGAGGACGCUCUUCUGUUUAUAUAAGAGGCUAAAAAGGACAACAGUAAUUAGAAUCCCCUCUAGCACAAACUCUGAGAAUGAAAUGUUCUUUAACAUAAUAGACAUACUGUACAUGUGCUGGCUUUGUUACUUGACUGUCGAAGGAUGUCCAGUAUUCAGUAGUCCGGUUAGGCAUAUACUGUAUAUGUGUUUGCCUCUGAAUUACAGUGGUCAUGUGUAAGAAUGAAGAUUGUGGUUCUUGUAUUAUCUGAGAAAUGCUCGUUCUCCAUUGGGCUAAUAAGAUUUUGAUAUUUUGGCACUGCAGAAGAAUGAAACCCCAAUAAUGUACAUUGCUUCCAGAAAUAAUAAGAGUUUAGUAUGAGUUUGCAUGAUGCACUUGAUGAAAAUGGAGAGUGUCCUCGUCUUUGUUCUCAAUAGUUUUUGUUCAAGGUGAAACAACAGCUCCCUUUUGCCUAUGGAAAGUUAUCGGCCAUGUAAAUAAAGUCGGUCUCCUACGAGUUU